GAUGUCGUUGCUAGGCGAUGCGACGCCCGCGUCCGAGUUCAAUUCCAUCUCCGCCGCGUUUAACGUAUGAACAGUCUCUCCUUUUAGAGACGGACAUUUACACGUGAACGCGUCUUGUUUCACUCUCACGCCAAAGAACAUGUCACCAUCGGAAGAAACUCUCUUCUCACUGGAACUGGUCAUCGAUUACGUUCGCUUUGACGGUUCACGCGGCGACGUUUUGGAUCCCGCAGUGGCCGUUCGCUUCUUAGAUUUCCCCACACUGCUCAUACACCGAUCAAAACAAGAGGAUCUUCCGUCUGAAUCGGGAUACGCGAACCUGUGCCUAUCGCCUGAGGCUAAAUCCCAAGCGGACGACGGAGAGCGUCUCAAGUACUCGUUCCAUAAAGGCAAAUCGUGUCUCUUUAAAAUCAGUUUGCACUCGCUACACGCUCACCUCACGAACACCCCUCUCUACGCAAUGGUGCUGGACGUCAAAGACGAGAUUCCCAAACUUAUAGGAAGCUCGUUGAUUUCGCUGGCUAAAGCGACGGAGGAGAUCAAAUCGGAUGUUGAAAAGCGCGGUAUUGGCAACCCGUCCGCUCGCGGGGAGAGGCUGGCCGCCGCUUUGUGCGAUCUGAUGGGCAGGAGCAUGGGGGUUAUUUCUCUGGCGUAUAAAAUUGUGAGCCUGGGAGCUAAUUUACUUCCUCACAUCCCAGAAAGCAGGGUCCGUGAAGUCGGCGUGACCCGAGGAAAGGCAGAACUAGACUCCACGGUGCGUCCCGAGAAGGAUGACCGUCCUGGGAGUGUUCUUUUAGGACAGAUAAGCCUGGAUGGACAGUCCGCCGGUGUGGUGAUAUCAGAAGCCAAGCGGCCAGGGGUUCCAGCUUUCACUCAAACCGAAACAACGGGGGCAAAGCAGAGAGUCUCGUGGUCUGAAGAUGCGGAGGAAAACACCACAUUCUGUCCUCCACCUCUGGUUUACUGCUCCAGCGCCAAGAACCCGCAGGAGAGCUUUACUGGGUUACUUGCGGCAAUGGAGAACCUUAAUAUCGAAGAUCCUGAAGAUGGAAGUAAUGAAGUAGAGCCAUCCGACGCGCAUUUUGCAGAAAUGACGGCCAUGAAGGCAGACGGAUCGAUGACGUUAACUUCAGCUCCGCACAAAGAGACGGGCUCGGCUGCAUUCGGGCACGUUAUCAGACAGUUACCGCUCCUGAACGCUUUGCUCGUCGAGCUCUCGCAGCUGAACGUCCAGGCGGCCCAGGAGCCCCUGACGGUUCAUCCCAACCUCGCGUGGCUGUACGCGUCGGCGCAGGAGCCGCCGGGGGCCGAACGGAGGACGAGACCCGAUCGGCGCGAGAAGAAAGCGUCAAACAAAGACAAGUCGCGACCCAAGAAGACGCUUAAAUGCGGCUUGACGAACACUUUCCGUCUCAGGCUCAAACUGGCCAAACCGGGGACCAAACGGCACGAAUGCAUCGGACGCCAGGACGCAAAACAGAACCGGCCGCCAUCGUCCGACCACAAACGCCUUCGCCGGGCAGCUGGCCGAGGUGUUCAUUUAGAGGAAACCGUAGACACUAGCCGUUUUGAUGUGCACCGACCCCAGACUCAUCGAAAGCGCCAACGAGACCAAGUAUCGGAACGCACAUCGCAAACCCGCCGACCGAAGUUUGCAUUCCAAGUCCUGAUUCGGACCGGCAUUCGCCCGUUCACGAUUCGGACUCUAUCCUCCAGAGAGGAGACGGCGCGCGGGCCAAGCUCGAGUAGCGGAGAGUAUCAGGACGACUUCACGAGCCUGAACACCACCGAGGGAUGCUCUCCCGACCCGUUUAGCAGCCCAGAGCCGAGCGGACGCAGAAGAAGCUCUCCGUCUUCCUCGCACUCGAGCAGAGGUCUACCCAAAGCGGAGACCUCUCCGCGCGUCAUCCGACCGCAUCUUCAGACCUCCGCCCUGAGCCUGUCUUCCGACGAGUCUGGGCGUCGCAGGCCUGGAUCGCAGCGCGCCGGACAAAAGAGCCCAUCUGCGCGCGGGACGUUUGGAAAAUCGGAGGGCUUCGACGGUGACCCGGUCGAUAAGGCCGCGCCGUUCAGCCGGGUGUCGGAGGACUCCGAUUCAGCCGCUAGUAACCCAUUGAAGCCCGUUUCAUCUUCAGAGCAGACGGAUGAGCAACAGGAUGAACUGGGCUCUCUGGGAAGGGACGAGAAUUGCCGUCACAUUUCAGAGCUGGUGAUCAACAAGCUUCCGGGAUACACGCUGUGAUUGGCCAGCGUUAAUUUAACCGCGAAAACCACCAGAAACCAGCAAACGCGGGAUCGAUUAGUCGAUGUGAAUAUGCUAAAUGCUAAACUGUUGCACAGGACUGCAUUCAUUAGCGAGGAGUUAUUUGUGCAUCCAUUCCGUCUGAACGAAGCAUUUGAGACCUUAUUAGUUCAUCUAAAAAAUUAAAAAUAUUUGUUGCUGCAGUAAACAAACAGUUGUUUCCAAACCAGAGCCUUAAAUGCGUUGAUAAAUGAUUAAUAAACCGGUGUUAAGUUAUUUAGUAGGGAUGAAAUGGGAAUGUGGACGAUACUGAAUUCAUAUUUAUUGUGAAUGAGAUAUUUUGUGCUUUUCUGUGAAAAACAUCCUGUAUAUACACUUAAAUCUUUAAACAUAA